UCUAUUUGCGUUUGGGUGUGAUCUUAGAUGACUGUGUGGUGGUGUUUGUCCAUGCGAUGACAGAUGUCGUCAGACAGCGCUGCGCUGCCCUUGAGCUGGAAAAAAACCGAGCUUAGUGAGCGGGGAGGAGCGACAGCAUCACAGGCAUGACUGAGACCCGAGAGGAGGGCUGAAGCAGGGAUACUGCCCCGACACUUCAUCUCUCACCCCAGGCGAGAUCUAACAGCGGACUAUUUAGUCUAUCCCGCGUAUCAUGUCCGUCGCUGUCGGUCUGUGAGGUCUACGCGUUGGUCGAUUAGCUCGUUAGCCACUCGGGCUACACGGGCAGCUAGCACGAUCAAGCUAACGAUCACUAGCUGCUGGCUUCAGCGCACUGCCCGGACCCGGCGAGAGGAAGAGCCGAGUGGAGAAAUGGCAAGAGUUGAUUCGAAUAAUCCUUCCAGAGGAAAUAAGCAGUAAGGAGACGGAACCAGUCCACAUAUCAUUCGUCUUCUAAAUCAACGUUACCGUUGGAUCCUGAAACAUGACGGUUGUUGGUGUUGCUGUAAUCCCCAUCAUGGUGCAGAAGUACCAGUCGCCCGUGCGGGUGUACAAGCAUCCCUUUGAGCUGGUGAUGGCGGCAUAUGAGCGCCGUUUCCCUACUUGCCACCUGAUCCCGAUGUUUGUGGCGAGUGACGUGAUGGUGGAGGAGACCAGUGAAGAUGGAUCCACCCACAGGGUUGAGCGCCGCUGUGCCCUGGAUGUGGACGCUCCACGGCUUCUCAAAAGGAUUGCUGGUGUGGACUAUGUCUACUUUAUCCAGAAGAACACUCUGAACCGAAAGGAGAGGACCCUGCACAUAGAGUCCCACAAUGAGACCUUCUCCAACAGGGUUAUCAUCCAUGAGACCUGUUGCUAUUCAGUUCACCCAGAGAAUGAGGCCUGGACGUGUUUUGAGCAGACCGCCAGUCUGGACAUCAAGUCUUUCUUCGGCUUUGAAAGCACAGUAGAAAAGAUUGCUAUGAAACAGUAUGCCAGCAGUAUCAAAAAGGGAAAGGAAAUCAUCGAAUACUAUCUGAAGGAGCUUGAAGACGAAGGCAUUAGUUACGUACCCCGGUGGGCUCCCUCCACAAUUUCCCUGCCUCCACCCAAACCAACGAGCCCCUCCACUAAUGCCCCCGACAUCCCCAGCCUCACGGUUACGCCUGCAGUUUGUGUCUCGCUGUCCAGCGACGUGAAGGACAGCUGUCAGGAUGUCAAGCUAGACGGCACCAUACUUCAGACUGACAGCCUCAGUGAGAUCCUGGCAGGGACACCUGAAGACAAGCUGGAUGCGGACUACAUAAAGCGUUACCUGGGCGACCUCACUCCACUGCAGGAGAGCUGCCUGAUCAGACUUCGUAAGUGGCUGCAGGAGACACACAAAGGAAAGAUCCCGAAAGACGAGCACAUCCUUCGUUUUUUGCGGGCAAGGGACUUUAACAUGGACAGAGCGCGGGAGAUCCUCUGCCAGUCUCUGACCUGGAGGAAGCAGCACCAGGUUGACUACCUGCUGGAGACCUGGACCUCACCACAGGUCCUGCAGGACUACUACACUGGGGGAUGGCACCACCACGACAGAGAUGGACGUCCCCUGUACAUCCUGAGGCUGGGCCAGAUGGACACUAAAGGACUAGUGCGUGCUCUCGGAGAGGAAUCUCUGCUCAGACACGUUCUGUCAAUCAAUGAGGAGGGUCUUAGACGCUGUGAGGAGAACACCAAAGUGUUUGGUCGACCCAUCAGCUGUUGGACAUGUCUGGUAGAUCUGGACGGGCUGAACAUGCGCCACCUGUGGCGUCCUGGGGUUAAGGCGUUGCUGAGGAUCAUUGAGGUUGUGGAGGCCAACUACCCUGAGACUUUGGGGCGUUUGCUUAUCUUGAGAGCUCCCAGAGUCUUUCCUGUCCUGUGGACACUGGUGAGUCCAUUUAUUGAUGAAAACACCCGCAAGAAGUUCCUGAUUUAUGCAGGCAAUGACUACCAGGGAACUGGAGGACUGGUGGACUACAUUGACAAGGAGAUCAUCCCUGACUUCCUCGGCGGAGAGUGCAUGUGUGAAGUACCAGAAGGUGGCCUGGUUCCUAAGUCCAUGUACCGCACUCCCGAGGAGCUGGAGAACGAGGAUGUCCGCCUCUGGACUGAGACAAUCUACCAAAGUGCCAGCAUCUUCAAAGGAGCUCCACACGAGCUGCUGAUCGAAAUCAUAGACGCCUCCUCCGUCAUCACUUGGGACUUUGACGUGUGCAAAGGAGACAUCGUUUUCAACAUCUACCACUCCAAGAGGGCCCCUCAGCUGCCGCGUAAGGACCCCCUAGGAGCCCAUGGCAUCACCUCUCCAGGUGGCAACAACGUCCAACUCAUAGACAAGUCAUGGACGCUGGGGCAGGAUUACAGCAUGGUGGAGUCACCACUCACCUGCAAGGAGGGUGAGAGCGUACAGGGCUCCCACAUAACACGAUGGCCGGGUUUCUACAUCCUCCAGUGGAGGUUCCACAGCAUGCCGGCCUGUUCCUCCACCAACAUGCCCCGGAUGGAUGAUGUGUUGGCCACCUUGCAGGUCUCCUCGCACAAAUGUAAAGUCAUGUACUACACUGAGGUGUUGGGCUCCGAGGACUUCAGAACGGCUUGCUGUGAUGUGCAGAGUUUGGGCUCCAUGACCAGCCUGGAAUCGAGCCACAGUGGCUUCUCCCAGCUCAGCGCUGCCACCACCUCCUCCAGCCAGUCGCAGUCCAGCUCCAUGAUCUCCAGGUAGAAGCUGGAAGCUGAGGACUUUGGUCCCAUCCCCACGUCCACCCCCUCAACUCUCCACUGCCCUCACCAUCAACACUCAAGCCAACUCUUCUUGUCUUUGGACCCUGUUCUUAUUGCACAGCCAGCCAGUCUCCAUGGAACUGAAGCAUGCCUGCACAAAAGAACUUUGGUUAAAGGUUAAAACAGAGACUCUGUACAAUUUCAAGGGCUGAUCUUUGCACAAAUCUCGUAUACUUCUCAUCAGUUGAGUCUGAACAUUGGAAGAAUGUUAGCUUUGUCGCGUCUCACGCAGGGUGAGAAGGUCAACAUUCAAGGUUGCUUUGCAGCACUGGACACUGAAUGAAGCAAUACUGUCAUCCUCUGAGCUACGGGACUGAAUGAAAGACACUGGAGGAGCUGUUACAUUUAUGCAUCCACAUGUUUGCUCCCUUAAACAGUACUCUCACAAUGCAUUGGCUAAAAAGACUGGAUGUGCUGUUACAUGACACACAGGCGUGUAUAUACACACAUGGAUGUUUGACAUUGUUUUCCAUAGUGUUGCCAGAGGUUUUUGUAGAAUCUGGUGAUUAUUUCUAGAGCGUGGGUGGGCAGGGAAAAUUAAUUAGGCCUGGGUCAAAUACAACCUGCUGAUAACGUGUUCUUCUUUUUUGCAAUGGGCUAUGAGUGGGUGGAACUUACUGUUUAAUGUGUGAAAGUCCACCUGUCUGUCUCAUGAGGGCUUUAGCACACCGUAAGAAGCAUUUGACUAUUUGACCCGGGUCUGACUCAUGGCGAAAUAAUCCGCUAGAAGCAAUAACACAAGUUAGACUUUCUACUGUAUGUGAAACGGUUCUAUUUAUCAUUUUGAUGUGUAUGUGGAGGAUUAUGGGCGCUAAUUGGAGUUGUGCUUCGUACAGGUGUCAGACAGAGUGAGCCAGCAAACGGCUCAGGCGGUUUAAAUUGGUGGUGUCACCAUUCACACAUUGUGUCUGUUACGUUUACGUCAGGAGAGACACUUAAAUACGUUGUGGGAUUUUCCUCCUUGAUGUUUCCUCGUGAAUAAAACCACCAUAGUCGUUUGCUUCUCAGGCAUCCGCACGUUUCAGGAAGUUGAGCGGUCAAGAACGAUGCCUUGUCACAGACUUUUAUGAAUGUGCUAAUGAUGAAUUUUACUGUACUCGGAAGGUCAAGGGGCUGCACAGGACUGCCGUCAUUCUCCGUUUGUUUUAUUUGAGUAGUGUAGAUUCCAGUGUGCAUUAGGGAUGAAUGUUACUUUGGGGUGAACCUUUGACAGAGUGCCAGCAGACUGUACAUGUGCUAGCGUUAGCUGGGCUUUGUUACUGUUGUACUUGAUGGAGUCAAGCGUUGCAGUGCAUGCUGUGGUGACUGGGUUUACAAAGCUAUUAUUUAAGAUGAAGCUAUAGCCAUUCUAAGAGCCAUGUGUCAAUAAAUACCAUUUAGCCUUUACUUAGAUGUGCUUUUGUUUCCCCUAAGGUCGACUAAUGGAUGAGUGAAUGUGAAUGGAGUGAACAUUUCUAACUGCAAUGCAGCCAUGCACAGCUAUAUUAAUACAGUGUAUUUUAUUUCAAUAAACUCUGAUGACAUCACAUUGCAAACAAUAGAAAAGACCAGUCACCUGGUGCUGUUGCCAUGGUUACAUGCAAUGCAGCUCAGUGAAAUGGAAAAAAUAAAAGUAAACUUCUUGUUUUUCAGAGACCCAUCUGCUUGUUUUUACCCCGAUAAUAACAACUGCAAUAUGGUGAAACGCUUCACCUGCUCACACUGAGGGCUACUAAGUGUAUGUGAUGGUGUCAGUGAGUGAAUGUCAGGAGCGAUGCCUGUAAAACACGUCUGACCCUCGUGUCUCUCCCAACGUCUUCUACUCUAGUAAUGUUCCUUUUACUUCAGUUGUGCUGUUUGCUCUGAGACACUUUCAUUGUGUGUCUUGGGAAGCAGACUGGACCUCUGGACUGAUCACAGGCAUAAAGCAGCGCUCUCGGCUCGGAUGCUGCUGUGUUUGAACACUCUCCUGCCUCUGACUUUAGUGUGUAUGCAGUCGUCAGGAUCGCAUUGACACCUGAGGCCUAGAACGCAUCAUCUCAGCUGGGCUAAAUGUUUGUCCCUUCUGCAUUCUUCUGACAUUGUUUCAUAUCCUUCUCAUAUCUUUCAUAUCUCUCUUUACCCUGAUGUGAGAAAUUGUGUAAAACAUUUGGUUGGAUUCAUGAGAAAAUGGCAGUUUUACAUUUUUGGAAGCAUUAAACUUGAACUAUAACAAAA